AUCUUACUCUGUGGAUGGUGAGCGGUAGUAUUUUUGGCUCGGCGGGGCAGAAUCUCAGUCACGAUAUUUUGGGUCGUUCGGACUCUCUCUCUCUUCUCCUGAUCUCUUGAGGCUGAGGGAUUGGUGUUCUGAAUGUUAGAUUAAGGUAGAAUACCCGAAUUCCUUUAGUUAGUGACUGUGGAGUGCAGUGUUUCGGAUCCAGGAAAUCUGAGAUUAACCGGCCAUGGCGCAACUUUCAUUGUCAGGCUCAAGUUUCUCAGCUCUUGUCAACUUCGAUAAAAGCUUGGGCUCACUCAAACAGGAUACCUGGGGCACCCCCUUGGCGGACUCGGUGCCACAAUUUGGCAAACGUCAGCGUCAUCCAAGCAUUGUUGUUAGCCGUGUGAGUGACCAAACUAGCACCGCUUCCUCCACGCCAUUCACUUCUACCACAACGAAUGGAAAUUCCAUUUCCGAGGUGGUCGUUCGUAAUACCAAUUCCGUGAGGCCGCCCUCCUUCACGGGGCUUAGCACGGUCGGAGCGGUGAUAACAGUCACCAAAAAGAAGCGGUUGAGCAGGGAUGAGCAGAUUGAAGAAGCUGUGGACGUAUUCUCUGAUUUGACAGGGAGCAAAGUUUUUUUCCAGCUCGUCAGUGAAGACGCCGAUGCAGGGGGAGCUGGCAAGAGAUGCAAGGAGACGUUCAUUAAGGACUGGACAGAGAAGGCCAGAGUGCAGGCAGACAAGGUGCAAUACACGGCGGAGUUUAGAUUGAAUAUUAGCGAAUUCGGGGAACCAGGGGCCAUUUUGGUCCGCAACAUGCAUCAAGCAGAGUUAUAUAUCGAAUCCAUCGCUCUAUCAAUGCCAUCAGGAACAGUCUACUUCCCCUGCCACUCCUACAUUGCGUCGUCCACCAAAGAUCCUAAACCUAGGGUGUUCUUCAACAAUAAGGUCUAUAUGCCCUGGGAAACUCCAGCUGGUCUGAAGGAUUUACGAGAACAGGAGCUGAAGACGCUGCGAGGCAAUGGCACGGGUAUGCGGAAGGAGUGGGAACGCAUUUACGACUAUCAAGUGUACAAUGAUCUUGGUAAUCCUGACAAGGAUUAUGAACUUCUGAAUCGGCCCAUUCUUGGAGGAGGGGAAUUCAAGUACCCUCGCCGUGUUCGCACUGGCCGUGAUCCUUGCAAAGCAGACCCGACGAAAGAGGAAAAGAUCGAAAAGGGAGAAGCGGUAUACAUCCCUCGUGAUGAGAGAUUCGAGCCUUUGAAGCAAUCCAAUUUUACUGCGAACUCGUUGCGUGGUCUUGUGCAUAAACUAGUGCCAUCGAUCAAAGAUUUCUUUGACGAGACGCCGGGAGAGUUUGAUACUUUCAAGGAUAUUGAGGCGUUGUUUCUAGAAGGACUGGAUUUAGGAAACGAAAUACGUGAGAAAGCCGCGAAAGAGUUCAACAUCCCCGACUUUCUGAGGGAUUUAAGAGCCAACGAAGAGGAGCCUCCGGAGAUGACGAGAGAGAGAAAUCGACUGCUGAAUAGUCUUCCAAUUCCAGAUUCUAUACGGGAAGUCAUUCGGACAACCACGACACCGAAGAGUCUCUUGAAAUAUCCUCAACCUAAAAUUCUUUCGAAAGAUAGGUUUGCGUGGAUGCGCGAUGACGAAUUCGCUCGUCAAACUCUGGCCGGAAUCAAUCCCUGUGUUAUCAACUGUCUCGAGAAAUUUCCACCUCGAAGCACACUUUCUGAGGAGAAUUACGGCCCGCAAGUAUCAGCUAUCACAUCUGAGCUCAUCGAGGGGCAGUUGGGAGGCAUGACAGUGGCUGAGGCUAUGGACGCAAAGAAACUGUUUAUCAUAGACUAUCACGACAUUUUCAUGCCUUAUGUGAAGAGAAUUAACGAAUUGGAGGCUCGGAAGAUGUAUGCGACGCGAGCGUUGUUCUUCUUGCACAGCGACGGUGCUUUAAGACCUGUUGCAAUAGAGCUUAGUUUGCCGCCUUGUAUCGAAGGAGGUCCCGGUAGCCAACGUGUUUUCGUGCCGGGUAAAGAGGCUACCACCUUCUGGCUCUGGCAGCUUGCCAAACUGCACUUCCUCACAGCCGACUCAGGCUACCAUCAGCUCGUUAGCCAUUGGUUGCGCACACAUGCGUGCACAGAGCCCUAUAUCAUUGCGACAUAUAGGCAGCUAAGCGCCCUGCAUCCGAUUGCCAAGCUCCUCCACCCUCACCUUCGUUACACCAUGGAGAUCAACGCAGCAGCAAGGCAAAAUCUAAUUGCUGCAGGAGGAAUCAUUGAGCAGACAUUUACCCCGGGAAAAUACGCCCUGGAAAUGAGCGCUGUUGUGUACAACGCUUUGUGGCGGUUUGAUCAGGAGGCCUUGCCUGAAGAUCUCAUCCGAAGAGGGAUGGCUGAACGGGACGAGACUGCUCCUCAUGGCCUGCGUCUUCGGAUAGAGGACUAUCCCUUUGCUGCUGACGGGCUUCUGGUGUGGUCCAGCACAGAGGAAUGGAUCCGCAACUACAUUUCCCUGUACUACCCCGACAGCCAGACCAUCCUUGAUGAUGCCGAGCUCCAGGGGUGGUGGACGGAGAUUCGUACCAAGGGUCAUGUGGACAAGGCGGAUGAGGAAUGGUGGCCAACGCUCGACAGCCCUGAGACUUUGGUUAAGAUACUAACCACCAUGAUUUGGAUCGCCUCAGGACAUCACGCAGCUGUAAAUUUCGGCCAGUAUGACUUCGCCGGCUUUCCUCCAAACCAGCCGUGCCUGGCCAGGAAAUUCGUUCCGGAAGUAGACGGACCCGAAUUCAAGGACUUAUUAAAGGAUCCUCACAAGUUCAUGCUACAAACCUUGCCCAACCAAGAGCAAUCCACCGUGUUAAUGAUGGUGGUGGAGUCGCUGUCGACGCAUUCCCCGGACGAGGAGUACCUCGGUUACAACGGCAUGCACACGAAUUGGACGAAUGACCAAAGGGCAGUGGAGGCUUUCCAGGCCUUCACAAGCCGAUUGGCCGAAGUGGACAAGAUCAUUAUUGAGCGGAACAAGGAUCUGACGAACAAACACCGGGCAGGUGCUGGCACUCUCCCCUACGAGCUUUUGUUGCAGAAAUCUGGGCCCGGGAUCACCAUGCGAGGAAUUCCCAACAGCAUUUCAAUCUAGCUUGCUCAACCUGCUAAACUGUGCAGACACCUCGAAGAGGUGAAUGCAAAGUAGACUAUGUUCCAUCUAUUGUUAAGCGUUGUAACCAUUUAUAUAUAUUUUUUCAUAUAUAUAUUGACAGUAGAUUUUUCCAGGGUGGGAUAGUAAUAUAUUCAUCAAUUAUGUAUCCUGGCACUGCAGCCCUUGUACAUGAAGGAUUAGCUGUUGAUUUUCUGUUGAGAUCA